AUGGCCAAGGAAGCUUCAACUACUAAGCUGGAUAAAAACCGAAAAACGGGAACAAUUCCGAAGAAGUUACAAGACGUGAUGACUACAUCGUGCAUCGGUGCUGCCUGCAGUUUCCCAGGGUCUACUGCCGGAAUGCUUCAGUGCAACAAGUGUGCAUUCUGGUAUCACGUCAGGUGUGUUGGUGCCUCGGAUGAUGCCAUCAAGCGCCCUUGGACGUGCAAGAAGUGCGUUCACGAAGCCUUCAAGAUCCCUCGUAACCUCUCAUUGAGAAAUGUGUCAUCGAGCCGCUGCCAAGUAUGUGGUGGUCCCGAAACCGAGGAGAUGGUGCAGUGCGAUUCUUGCGACCUGUGGCAUCACUUCCAAUGUGUAGGAGUUACAGAGGCGGUCUCUGACGUUAGUUGGAUAUGUGCAAACUGCGAAAAUGGUAACAUUACUAAGAGAAUCGUAAGUACUACAAACGAAGCCUUUGUACCACGAUCUAACCACCAGUUGGAGUCCCAUAUAUCAUUGUUGUCCAUUGAUAAUAAAACCAGCGUAGUUGAUUCGACAUUACUGACGGUCUCCCCAACAAAUGUAAUUCCUAGUUCGGUUCUUGCAUCAUCGGUUAUUCCUACUACCACGUUAGCCCUUACGUACACUUUCGCUUCUUAUGUAAACUCCAAUGCCAUCGACGUGUUGUCUAAUAAAACGAAUGCCUAUCAAGUGAAUAGCUCGCUUCCGAGCGUUGUGUUGAGUGGAGUGCGUGAUCCUACUGUACCAAUAACGAAUCCUCAAAGUACAAUUAUUGGAUCCAACGAUGCUGUUCCACCCUUUCUUCUUCAUUCUACCGCUGCUACGAAUAAUCUUCGUUUGAUGCCAUCGACCGAUCGCCGCAGCCAUCAGAUGAUUGGAUUUGUGGAUCAACCGAGGAGGCAAAACGUAUCAACUGUCCCGCAGCCACCGAAACGAAAUAUGAGAUUGGAGUUGCAGAAAUUGGAAGAGGAACAACGACUGAACGAGGAGGAAUACACCCGAAAGAAGCAGCUGCUUCAAAGGCGCUAUGAAUUGAUACAGGCAAUAGCAACCGAAGCUGAGUCGGCUGAAAUCGAACCCAAUAUCCGAACGGAAGGAUGGCAGUGCCAUUCGGAACCUAGCGCCGAAAGAAUACGACGUCAACCUGAGUUUAAACUACCGGAACAAAAAACAUCUCACGAUAAUAAACUGUAUCAACUGAAGUCUUCAGAAAAUCAUUGCUUAGCUGAUCAGCCCGAGCAGAUUUAUCAACACAUCCGAUCCCAGCAGCCGUCGCUGAUUCACCAGCGAAGAGUCUCUGACAUACACUCCGAUUUAACGGGAGCGGACGGACAAAUAAGGCAGGUUGAUGUGCGACCACCUUUGUAUGCCGCUCACGAUCAAUUUACUCCUCGACAUCGAUCCACGCCGCAGCACCAUGCGUAUCGCUCUACGACACGUAACGUUUAUCGUGAUAUAGGCACCGGAAAUGACCUAACCAACAGUCACCUGACAGUUGCUCGGCAAGCGGCAGCUCAGGAGUUGCCCAUAUUUAGCGGGGUGCCUGAAGAAUGGCCGUUAUUCGUUUCUACCUAUUCCACUACAACAACAAUGUGCGGAUUUACUGCAGAAGAAAACCUGAUUCGGCUUCAAAAAUGCCUGCGAGGUAAGGCCUAUGAAGCUGUAAAGUGCAUGUUGAUGCACCCAUCGAAUGUUGGAUCCAUCAUGUCAACGUUGAGAAUGUUAUUUGGCAGCCCUGAGAUUAUCGUACAUAAUUUGAUCACGAAGAUCCAGUCUGCUCCUCCCCCUCGAGCUGAUCGCUUGGAAACUAUGAUCGACUUUGCGUUAUCAGUGAAAAACUUGUGUGCUACCAUUGAGGCAUGUGAACUGAUUGAGUAUACCUACGACGCUACUUUACUUCGUGUUCUGGUGGGAAAAUUGCCUAUUGAUUAUAGAGUUGAAUGGGCCAAAUAUCGUCGAUUCAUUGAAGAAGCCAAACUUACCACGUUUUGUGACUGGUUAUAUGAUUUUGCGGAAACCAUUUCAUCAAUCGCCUCAUUGGAUGACGUCGAACUUAAGCACUCGAAGGAAAUGAAAAGGGGACCGGCCUACCUGAACCUGCAUUCUGAGAUCGAGGAUGAUUAUUCAGAUAAGUACGAGAUCGAAAAUUCGCCACAACUGAAGGAAAAACCCAAACGACAUAUUCAUGCAACGGUAGACAAGAAAAUUUGUAAAGUUUGCAACGAGAACUGUAUUUCGUUGGAAAGGUGCAAAGGCUUUAGGGAACUCACUUACAAAGGUCGUUGGGCUGUAAUUAAUGAACAUGGAUUUUGCAAAAGGUGUCUUGGAAGACAUGCUAGAGCAUGCAAAUCACAAAGGCUCUGUGGCGAGAACGGAUGCUCGUAUAAACAUCAUCCACUGCUUCACAAAUUUCAGAACAACGGUUCCAAUGCAUCUCAAAAUGUAACAGUAACGUCUGGGGACUGCAACAUUCACCAUAAGCUGCCAAAUCAUGUUUUAUUUCGUGUGAUUCCUGUUUUUCUUCAUGGGCCCGCCAAAACGGUUAAGACCUAUGCAUUUUUGGAUGACGGCUCAUCAUUAACCUUGAUUGAAAGCGAGCUGGCUGCAGAGUUGGGUGUCACUGGAAAGGCUGAACCACUUUGUCUUCGAUGGACUGGCAACAAAACCCGCAACGAGCCGGAUUCACAGAAUCUUACAUUGGACAUCUCAGGAACGCAGGUCGGCCAUAAGAGGUAUCGACUUCCCGAAGUACUUACCGUGUCCAAUUUGGAACUGUUUCGUCAAUCGUUGGAUAUGCAAGAUUUCGCCGAAAAAUACAGCCAUCUACGAGGAGUUCCUGCAGAAUCGUAUCAUGACAUCCAGCCACGUAUACUUAUUGGGAGUAAUAACGCUAACUUGGGAUAUGUCCUCAAGGGUCGUGAAGGAGAAAUGCAUGAGCCAGUAGCUACAAAGACCCGUCUGGGGUGGACCGUCUACGGCGAGUGUGAUCUACGAAAUCGGCAAUUCUGUGGUUUUCACGACGUUCAUAUGUGCCAAUGCAAUGGCACUAAAGAUGAAACACUGCAUCAGGCGAUGCGUGAUUACUUUUCCAUCGAUGGAUUAGGUAUAACGAAGUCAACGGCACUGGUAGAGUCCAAUGAUGAUCGGAGAGCUCGGAAAAUUUUAGAGUCAUUCUCGCGAAGGGAUGAUGGUCGUUUUGAAGGACGUCUUCUUUGGAAAUACGAUAAAUUUAGAGUUCCGGAUAGCAAACCACAGGCCACGCGUCGUUAUGAAUGUCUGGAAGCAAGGAUGAGAAAGGACCCUUCACUAGCAGCGACUCUUCAUGAGAAAAUGCAGGAUUAUGUUGCGAAAGGUUACAUAAGGAAACUGAGCGACGAUGAGAUAGGAGAAGAUUUUCGGAAAGUGUGGUACCUACCGAUAUUUCCGGUUGUUAACCCCAACAAACCGAACAAAGUUCGCAUCGUAUGGGACGCAGCAGCGAAGAGCCAUGGAAUCGCUCUGAAUUCACUUCUCCUGAAAGGUCCGGAUCAAAACACGCCGCUUACUGACGUUCUCAUCAGGUUUCGAGAACACCGAAUCGCGGUUUGCGGUGACAUCCGCGAGAUGUUUCACCAGGUGAUGAUCUCUGAAGAAGACCAACAUUACCAAAGGUUUUUGUGGAAAGAAAACUCUAGCGACCCAAAACCCAGUACGUAUGUCAUGCAAGUUUUAACCUUUGGCGCAUGCUGUUCUCCGAGUAUCGCGCAAUACGCCAAGAACGUCAACGCAAGAGAACAUGCAGGUCAAUAUCCUCAAGCAGCAGCAGCGAUAACAGAUAAUCAUUACGUGGACGAUAUGUUGUUGAGCGUGGAAAGCGAAGCGGAAGCGAUUCGAGUGGCGGAAGAGGUUCGAUUUAUCCAUGGACGAGCCGGGUUCGAAAUGCGGAACUGGAUCUCCAAUUCCCCAGCAGUAUUGGCAGCUUUAAGUCAGCCGGAUUGUCUAGAAAAAAGUCUUAAUUUAGAUUCGGAACUGUCUACAGAGAAGGUGUUGGGCAUGUGGUGGUGCACUGCCACAGACAGCUUUACCUAUCGGUUAUCUCGAAGGCACGACGCAGAACUUUUGUCCGGCAAACGCAUCCCAACGAAACGAGAAGUACUUCGGACACUUAUGUCAGUUUUCGAUCCGUUAGGAUUUUUAGCUAAUCUGAUGAUUCAUCUAAAGAUAAUCCUGCAGCAAAUUUGGAGAAUUUCCAUAGGGUGGGAUGAACAGAUCCCAAAGAAUAUUUUUGAUCGCUGGUUAGAAUGGAUCGCUGUUUUGCCGAAAGUUGAAGGCAUUCGCAUACCGAGAUGUUUCCGUUUAGAGGUUUCAAUUGAGUCAGAUACGAUAGUUCAGCUGCAUACGUUCGUAGACGCAAGCGAGUUAGGAUACGCCGCAGUUUUGUACCUGCGCUUCAAACAGCAAGAAAGGAUCGAAUGUGUUAUAGUUGCCGCAAAAUCCCGCGUAGCUCCCCUGAAAUUUGUAUCUAUACCGAGGAUGGAGCUUGAAGCUGCCUUAAUUGGAGCAAGACUAGCUGAUUCAAUUUGCAAGGCUUUAAGUUUAAAAAUAAACCAACGCGUCUUUUGGAGUGAUUCCAGAGACGUUCUGUGUUGGAUCCGAUCAGAUCACCGGCGUUAUUCCCACUAUGUAGCACACCGCGUUAGUGAAAUCCUCGAACUAACCCAAAUUUCAGAGUGGAGAUGGAUACCAACAGACGAAAAUGUUGCCGAUGAAGGUACCAAAUGGCAAAGAUCACCAGAGCUGGCCAAUGACAGUCGUUGGCUCAACGGGCCAGAGUUUCUGAAGGAGGACGAGUUAACGUGGCCAACCGAGCAAAUUAGUCGUGAAAUCACCAAUGAAGAACUAAAAGCAGCAAUUUACUACCACGAACAAGUGCAUCAGGCACCUGCUAAUCUAUUCGAUACGACAAGGUUUAGCAGCUGGAACCAUCUAAGACGAACGGCGGCAUGGGUUCGAAGAUUCAUCGUCAACAAGGUACUCCAAUUCAAAAACCUACCACUUGUUCUAGGCCCUCUUUCAGGACUAGAAAUUUAUCGCGGUGAAAUGAUUUUGUUCCGUCAAGCGCAAUACGAAAAGUUUGCAGCAGAAAUCUUAACACUUUCAAACGAUAGAAACGCACACAAACUUCUCCCAAGAUCGAGUUCGAUCUAUGAACUUUGGCCGUUCUUAGACGAAGAUAAAGUUUUACGAGAAAAAACGCGCAUUGGAUCCUGUGAAAUUGCCAGCAUGGAUGCCAAAAAUCCCAUAAUACUUCCUAAAUCGAGCCACAUAUCAAAGCUAAUAGUUAAACACUAUCACGAACAGUUUUAUCAUCGAAAUCAUCGCACCGUGUUGAACGAGCUGAGACAACGUUUCCGUAUAGUACCACGCUUCGCAAGUGUUCUCCGGAAGGUACGAGCAGAAUGCCAAGUUUGCAAGAACCUACGAUCAGUUCCACAGCCUCCUCCUAUGAGCGAUCUUCCUGCAGCAAGGUUAGCCGCAUUUUCCAGACCGUUUUCGUUUAUUGGAAUAGAUUACUUCGGUCCAAUUAAUGUUACAGUUAAACGUAGCUCCGAGAAACGUUGGGGCGUUUUAAUAACAUGCUUAACAGUGCGUGCGGUUCAUAUUGAGAUAGCGCACUCACUCUCUGCACAAUCGUGCAUUAUGUCGUUACGGAAUUUUAUGGGAAGAAGAGGGAUUCCAGUAGAAAUUUUCAGUGAUCGCGGUACCAACAUGGUUGGCGCGAGCAAGGAACUUUUGUUGGCCCUGAAAUCAAUGGAUCAAGACUUAGUCAUCCAGGAAAUAACAAGUCCUAAUACAACGUGGUCAUUUAUACCACCCUCCUCGCCACACAUGGGCGGGUCAUGGGAAAGAAUGAUCCAAACCGUAAAAAGAAACCUGAACCAGAUCAAACCGCGCCAUCAACUUACAGAUGAAGUGUUGAAAAACCUGUUGAUUGAAAUUGAAAAUGUAAUAAAUUCGAGACCGCUGACACAGUUGGCAUUAGACGACGAGGUUUCUUCGGUUUUGACCCCUAACCAUUUCCUGCUCGGAUCCUCAAACGGGCUAAAGCCGGCGACUCCCUUUAAUGACAGCAAUCAAGCUUUAAGGAAUAAUUGGCAAACUUCACAAAUCGAGGCAAACGUUUUCUGGAAACGCUGGGUUCGAGAUUACCUUCCCGAGCUCACCAAGAGAUCCAAAUGGUUGACUCCAGUGGAAUCAAUUAAAGUUGGUGAUGUAGCAGUGAUCGUCGACCCCAAUCUUCCGCGGAACUGUUGGCCGCUUGGAAGAGUGAUUUCGGCUGUUCCAGGCAAAGACGGCGAAGUAAGAGAAGCAGUAGUUCAAACCGCAAACGGCAUUUACGAACGCCCAGCCGUGAAACUUGCAAAACUUGAUGUUAGACGCGAUUCUUAA